AUUUCGGUGGAAAAUCCUCAAGAAUUCACAGACUUUCCUCUUUCAUCACGAACUCAAAUUGCCUUGAAAGAAGCAAAGUACGAGAUUCCAACAAAAAUUCAGAAAGAAUCAAUACCUAUUGCUUUAUCUGGUCGUGAUGUGUUAGGAGCUGCGAAAACUGGUUCUGGCAAAACUUUAGCCUUUAUCAUACCUAUACUAGAAUUAUUGUGGCAGCAGAAAUGGUCUUCUAUGGAUGGAAUUGGUGCUAUAAUCAUUUCCCCAACGCGAGAAUUGGCCUAUCAGACAUUCGAGGUUUUACGAAAAAUUGGUAAAAAACAUGACAUGUCUGCUGGCUUAGUCAUAGGUGGAAAGAGUAUGGAAGAAGAACAACGUAGCAUAAUAGCUACUAACAUUAUUGUUUCCACACCUGGUCGCCUACUGCAGCACAUGGAUGAAACACCGAACUUUGAUUGCAAUAACUUACAAUUAUUAGUGCUGGAUGAAGCUGAUAGAAUAUUAGAUAUGGGAUUCGCGGAUACUAUGAAUGCUAUCCUUGAAAAUAUUCCUGAUGAACGUCAAACUUUAUUAUUCUCGGCAACGCAAACUAAAUCUGUGAAGGAUUUAGCAAGGUUGAGCUUAAACGAGCCAGCGUACGUAUCUGUGCAUGAGAAUUCUACAUCAAGCACACCGAGCAGAUUAAAGCAGAGUUAUAUGGUCUGUGAGUUACAAGACAAAAUGAACUUGCUGUUUUCUUUCAUAAGAAAUCAUAUAAAAAGUAAAAUUUUAAUAUUUAUGUCUAGCUGUAAACAGGUAAAAUUUGUUUAUGAAGCUUUCCGGCGAUUGCGUCCUGGUAUACCACUGUUAGCGCUGUAUGGCAAACAGAAGCAACUGAAACGAAUGGCUAUUUACAACGAAUUCUGUCGAAGAUCUGAAGCUGUAUUAUUCGCAACAGAUAUUGCCGCAAGAGGCCUAGACUUCCCAGCUGUAGACUGGGUUGUGCAGCUCGAUUGCCCGGAGGAUGCAAAUACAUAUAUUCAUAGAGCUGGAAGAACUGCGAGAUACCAAAAAGAUGGUCAAGCAUUACUUGUUUUGCUCCCAUCAGAAGAAGAGGGUAUGCUUGAGGAAUUGAAAAAGAAAAAAUUAAAUUUAACAUCUAUUCGUGUAAAUCCAAGCAAGCUGAUGUCGAUUGGUAAAAAGUUAGAAGCAUUGUGCGUGAAGGAUGUCGAAAUUAAGCACUGGGCUCAAAAAUGCUGUAUUUCGUAUGCUCGCUCCGUUUUCCUGCAAGGCAAUAAAGAUGUCUUUGAUGUGCACAAGCUACCUAUGGAGGAAUUUGCAAGAUCGCUGGGUUUGAUGAAUCCUCCCAGGAUACGUUUUAUGAAGGUUUGGGAGCUAAUAUACCAUACUAAUUCAAUAAACUGUCUAUCCAAUACGAAUUGCUAUCAUCAUGAACAUGUCUUAAAAUAUUUAGAGACUGGAAAAGAAGAUUGGUCCUUCUAA